CAGGCUAUGGGGGAGACAGCUGGUUUUCCCGGCUGGGUCCUGAGGAGCAGGAGCUGCGCAGGAGAGUUGCAGUGAUGGCGGCGGAAGAGUGAGCGUGCAAUGAGAGGCCUGACCUGAUGCUCUUCAGAGCCCCACUGUCCCCUUGCACUCCGCGGUCGCAGCCGGUGGCGGGCGGUUCCUUCGGCGCUGGCCCGGUUCUGUGGACACUCGUUUCGGCCUCGGUGAGCGUGUCCGGCCCGAAGGGAGACGAGAUGUACUGCCUUCAGUGGCUCCUGCCUGUCCUCCUCAUCCCCAAACCCCUCAACCCGGCCCUGUGGUUCAGCCACUCCAUGUUCAUGGGCUUCUACCUGCUGAGCUUCCUUCUGGAGAGGAAGCCCUGCACCAUCUGCGCCUUGGUCUUCCUCGCCGCCUUGUUCCUCAUCUGCUACAGCUGCUGGGGCAACUGCUUCCUGUACCACUGCAGUGACUCCCCACUGCCCGAGUCUGCACACGACCCCGGCAUUGUGGGCUCAUAGGGGGGGAGGUGACUCCCCAACACUGGGCUGCGCCCCCAGGCUGGAGGACCUCUUCUGACUUAUUUCUGCCCGCUGGACACUGGACAGACUGUUCUCUCUCGCGCUGUGAAUAUCAAGAUGUGUUGCUCAGAGCGGUCUGGUGCGUAAAGGCACCUUCCUGAACCUGCGGGCGGAAGACAAGGGGCCUGUCUUCUGCCCCGUCUUCUUUUUAAAUGACAAAAGACUGGUCUGCCCAGGCUAGUGGAGCUACAAUUUGCAUGGGUUGUGUCCGAGUUGCUAUUAUUAAUGUUUUUUUUGUGUUCUCCUGUAAUGAGAUGUUGAUUUUUUUCCCCCCUUUUUCGUUCAGGAGGUCUUGGUUAAAGCACCUAUGCGGACUGUGUGGUUUUGAUAAAUAACAGAAAAUGGAAUAUCAGCCACUAGUAUUAAAGAGAAUAGAGAUGGGAGAAAAGCAGUUUACACAGUCAUGGGCUGUGUCAGGUUGAUUUCAGUGGAUUUUAACCAUCCAUUAAAAAGUUAACAGAACAUUUUUAAUAGUUUACAAUCCUUUUUUUGGACAAGGUUGGGCCUUUGACAAAUUUUCUGGGUGAACCUGCUUUUUCGGUCAGUGCGAUUGCUGAAAAGUGUAAAUUCUAUUAAUCUUUUUGUCGGUGAAUUGAAUAAAGUUUAUUUUUUGAAACCAGGAAGGGGCUAUCUUGGGCGUGCGAUGAAAUGAGUGAGACAGUGAGCAGUCCCCUAUUGAAAGUUGCUGUUCCCCAUGGGGGUGCGGGGUGGAGUUUUUGGCAGGCCUCUGGUUUGGAAGCCAGGACUGGGGCAGCUGCUGUGCUUGAGUAAAGCAGUGAGGAAGAGCAGACGGCCAACUUGGUGAGCCAAGUAAAGGGCUUCCUGCUUUUCGGGACGUAGGGCUGAGAAAUCAAGCCCUGGGGGUUUGAAAACGGCAUCCGGGGACGGUAUAUGUACAGAGAAGCAUUGAUUUCCUGGUACUGCAUCCUGUUCUCUCACAUUAGAUUUAAUUUUUUGAAAGUGCAUAUGUGUAAUAAAUGAUAUGUGGUGUUUAAGUUGUUGGGUUUGGGGGCAAGACGCCUAAGGCUGUAGUCUCACAGGUUUUAUUUUUGUAAGCGUGAAGGGAGAGGUCGUUAAGUGGAGCUCAUUUGUGGUGGGUUUUCCCCUCACUCUGCUUUUAAGAGUCACUUUUGAAGAAACCGUUUUCAUAUGGGUGGAGUAUGUAAUAAGAUGUUUGCCAUUACAACAGAGGUCACUGCACUGGUUUGCUAAUGUGAAAGCUGAAUGACUUUGUGUAUCCCCCAGCCUUGUCUUGUCUCAGCUCGGAAGCUGUACCUUAUUUAAAUCGCUGUCUGCACUUUAAUAUCACACGGUUCAAAAAGCCAGCAUUACAGAAGGGGAAAUGCACUCAUGGCAUCUUGCACAGAACAUGAUCGUAUUUUCAAGGGAAGCAGUUUGCUGUGGAGCUUCUGCUUCACUUGUGAUUCCUGGGAGGGGCAGGAUCCUGUCUCUUACUGAGGCAUGCAGUGUGGAUGUUAAACUCCCAAUGGGUCUCUGAUGGAAACGGUAGAAUGAGCAGUACACGUGGUCUACAAUCUUGUCUCUCACACUUGACGUCCCUUUGAACAUUGUGGUAUCGGUUCUAACCCCAUGCUCAGCUCGGGUCUCUGGUUUGAGAGUGUAAAGUUAGAUCAUUGCCUUUUUUAACGUUGCCAAUCCUUUGGUAUCUUGAAAGCCUGUAGGAAGGCCAGGUCAGUCCACAACCGUCUGAAAGAGGAAAGAACAUCUUCAAAAGUCAGGUGGCAAACUUAAAAAAAAAAAAAAGAUUUCUGCCACAGUAAACUUUAUUUUGUCUGAUUCUUGCUUGGUUUGGCAACAGCUGGUAAGACCAAUAAAAUCGGUGGGGCUUGCUUUGUACAGGCAAGCUGCUGCCCUGUGUCAUGUGACCUAGAUCUUUCUAUUUUCGCCUGGCUGGGCUGUUAAAAUGUAACUAGAGCUUGUGGUAUUUAAUAUGGGGAGUGACUGCAGGCAUAAUGUCAGCAGCCUUGACAUCACACUCCCCCUGGAGCUCUAUGUACAGAAAUUUAGACUCACUUAAAUACUAGAAAUAUUUGGCCUUGUACAGUAUUUUACAUUUACAUAAGGCUGAAGACAUAGUAAUCUUUGUACUCCAAUAUUGGUUUAAAAAAAAUAAUGCAUGAUUUGCACAAUUUGUGUAAAAGGUGCAAGAGUUACAAGUCAUUUUUCAGCUAAUUUAAGACCAGUGAGCCAAUGAUUUUUUUUCUACCUAUCCACAUUGGAUGUAAGAUUUUGGAACGCUUGGGUAUUUCGGUUUCCUGGGCUGCUCAUCAGGAUUUUCUUCUUUGGUUGUGCUGUCUUGUACACAGAAUUACAUAGUAGGAUCUACCCUGAAGAGUGGAGAAAUUAGGUACUAGUCACUUGUCAGGAUUUUAGUUUGCCUUACUGUAUUAAUUAAAGUAAUCACCAGUGUUUAGAACAAUAGUGCAAUAAUUAACAUACCGAUUUAUAGUAGAAAACUAUUAAAAAAGCAAAGUGUGAUAUUAAUUUUUGUUUAACCUUUUGUGUUGAUGCAUUAGACAUCCUCAGCCCUCCGAUCAGUAUCAACUGCCAGUGUCCUUUUCUAUUACUUGGUGUUUCUUUCACUGUUUUUAAAAAAGGCCCUUUUAUUUUCUAGUGUCUGCUGGUGCUUUUGAUUGUGUUUUCUCAUCGCUUCCAGCAGGAGCUCCUAAGGCUCUGCAAACUUUCCAUGAACUUCUAUUUUCCUGUGUUCCUGUGGUGUUGCGCCUCGGUGAUGUACUAACCUGCUGCAUGGUACAGUCUACACCCAUACUCCGAAAUAAAUGGGUUUACAACGUU